AUGAAUAAAGAACAUAUAACAAUUAUUAUUGAAGAUUCAAAAGGAAAUACAUUGGGAGGAUAUGUUAACUCUAAAAUUGAUAAAGUUAAUGAUUAUAUAACAGAUUCAAAACCAUUUGUAUUUUCAUUAGAAUCAAAUGGGAUGAAAGGAAUGAAGAAAUUUGAUAUUAAAGAACAGCAAUAUGCAUUUUAUUUAUGGAAUAAAUCAAGUGAUUAUUUGUUUGGAUUUGGAGAUGUGAUAUUUGUGUUCAUAAAGAAAAUUAUAAAACAAUAUCAAGUUGUAAACAUUGGUCAUAUGAAUAUGAAGGAAUUGAAGAUAGACUUUGUGGAAAAGAAUAUCCUAAUCGUUUCACAACGAAACGAAUCAUAG